UAUUUACAAUAUUUACUUAUUUUUUAGUUCAAAAUUAUAGAGUAAUGCGGCUAUUGGUUCUCUAUGGCAGCCAAACAGGCACUGCCCAGGACGUGGCGGAGCAGAUCUGGCGAGAGUCGCAUCUGCUGGGCUUCCAGGGUCCGGUUCUUUCCUUCGAGGAGUACGAAACCCAUCGGCUUAUCGAGGAGAGCCUCGUGGUCUUUGUGGUGGCCACCACCGGCGAUGGCGUGGAGCCCGAUAAUAUGAAGCAGGCCUGGCGGUUUCUGCUGAAACGCAGCCUGCCCGCCCAAUCCCUACAAGGAAUGCAGUUUGCCUGCCUGGGGCUCGGUGACUCCAGCUAUCCGAAGUUCAACUACGCCGCCAAGAAACUGCACAAGCGCCUGCUAAAUUUGGGGGCUGCUGCCGUCUGUCCAGUGGGUCUGUGCGAUGAUCAGCAUGAUUAUGGUCAUUUGGGAGUGUCCCUCGCCUGGACUAAAGACCUGUGGAUUGCCCUUAAAGGUAUCUCCGGCGUGAACGACAGUCAGUUGAAUGGUGGUCAGGACCAAAGCACGGGAAAGUGGCAGUUGAAGACGUUACCAAAGGAAUCCGCCUUUGCCUCCCUGGAAACUCUGCUCUGGACCCAAAAACAACCUGCGUACGCGUUUAAACUUAAGGAUAACCAAAGGACAACGGCUGAGAAUCACUUUCAGGAUGUGCGAUUUUUGAAGCUGGAAUACCAGGCAGAAGGCCUCAGCUGGGAACCCGGCGAUGUGAUCGAUGUGCAGCCUCAAAACAGCGAGAACACUGUGAAUGAAUUCUUUGAUCUACUCCAGGAACACAACCUGAACUUCGACGAAGACACCGUGGUCGAGGUGGCGAGCGCCCAUCCGGACAUGCCGUUGCCAAAGGCCUAUGCCACUCCGUUAAGCCUCCGGCAGGCGGCCAAAUACGUUUGGGACUUGAGCGCCAAGCCGCGGCAGCGAUUCCUCGAGGUGCUGGGCUUCAACUGCAGCGACGAGAUGGAAAAGGAGAAGCUAGAUGAGUUCUGUUCUGGUGAGGGCAUCGAUGACCUGGUGGCCUAUGUCAACAGGCCGCGCCGCACAAUCUUAGAAGUUCUCCAGGACUUUCGCCAUGCCACUUCCUGCCUGACUCUGGAGCAACUUUUCGAGAUGAUGCCGCUGAUACAGCCUCGCAGCUUUUCCAUAGCUUCGGAUGUGUCCUCCGGCACGCUGGACUUGCUGGUGGCUGUGGUCAACUACAAGACCAUAAUGCACACUCCUCGUCUGGGCCUGUGCUCCAACUGGCUGAAGCAAUUGGAGGCGGGAACAACAGAGAUACGUGGCGUGCUAAAGAAGGGUACCAUGGUAUGGCCUAACGACUUGAGCAUCCCUCUCAUCAUGGUGGGACCUGGCACUGGCAUUGCUCCCUUCCGGAGUAUCAUCCAAAAUCGAUUGCAAGCCCAAUCCACGGGCUCUGUAAUCGGGCCUUUGGUCGUGUUCUUUGGCUGCCGCAAUAAAUCAUCGGAUUUUCACUUCCAAGAGGACUUCACGACCUGGACAACGACCAAACAGGUGGAGGCUCACUUCGCCUUCUCGCGGGACGAGGAUCACAAGGUCUAUGUCCAGCAUUUAAUCACCAAGAAUGGCCCUCACCUGGCGGGGCUUAUUAAAAACCACAAUGCCUUCAUAUACGUGGCUGGGAACUCCAACAACAUGCCGAAAUCGGUUAGAGAGGCCUUCAUCGAGAUCCUCGGCGGCGAUGCGGAUUAUGUGGAUCUGAUGAUCAAGCAGCGACGGUACCAAGAGGAGACCUGGGCGUAAAAGCUAAUCUUUAUUAGCGCAUAAGUUCCUAUUUGUACGGUUUGUGUGGACGGAAAUAAUAUUCUUAACAAAACUA